AAUGGCAUAAUGACAUUUGACAUUUUCCAACCACAAGCAACUUCACUUCAAGUCAAGAAUUGUUUGUCAUCCGUCAUCUCUUCAAUUGUAGAACGCGAGGUUUUUUGCAAAUUAAUUUUCAUUCUUUGAUAAAUAAUAAUAAAUCGAAAAAUGCAAUCAAUCAAAGUAGCCCCAAGUCAGCCAUCAGUUCUAAAGGCAUCACUUUCUGGAGCCGGCCCAUCCGAUGCCAACUGUCUCAUGCAAGUGGCCCACAUUCACCAACUUAAAGAUUCCGAAUUGAAUUACGACAAACAUCGUCUUGAUUUGUCCAUGAGAAUGCUUAGGAAUAAUGAGGGUUUACAUGCUCCACUCAAACUUGGAAUGGAAUUACAUGCUGCUCGUCAAAUUGGUCGCUUGCCAUUUCUACAAUCGAGCAAUCUAAUGGAAGACGUUCUUCUUGGACGUGAUGAACUCAUUGAAUUUAGUGAUUUCCUUGGUAUUCCAGAAAAUAGCGAAGUAAUGCGCCAACCACACGCAGUUGUUGAGAAGGCAUUGGGAAUUUUUUAAUAGUUUUUUUUUGUAUCGGGUAAAAAAAUAUUAGUUUCUUUUUUACAAAUUCUGUUUAUGUGUUUAAAAUUAAAAUGAGGUAACAAUUGAAAUCUUAACAAAAUAUGUAAAAA